UUGCAGACCUUUCAGUUUUAUGGAACAGAGAAGAAGCAUAAAGCUUCCUCUGAGCCAAUCACAUGAGAGUGAGGAAGAAAGGGAGAGAGAAUACUUGUUGGAGAUUAGAUAUACAGAAGUAUAAGAUUCGGUAAAGGGACAAAAACGGUCUCAGAAGGACCCAGAAUUCCAUCCUAAAUUCAUUGGAGGGCACCUUUCUUCAUCACAUUUGGUCUUCUUUUGCCCCAAAACCUUCAUAUCAAUGGCUUUACUACAGGUGGUUUUCCCAUUUUUUCUGUGGUUUCUUGUUUCUUUGGACAUGUACAGUGGUGAGCAGUCCUCUAGAAAAGAGGUUUUUGUGAAGGUGGUGGACCUGUUGUCAACCGGAGAAGCCUACUUGAACGAGAAUGCUGUUCACUCCUUUUUAAAUAUCUUGAAGAAACGUGUGCAAUGCUCUGAUGUGUCGUGUGAAAAGUGUCUUUCUCCUGCUGAUCUGGCUCAGCUUUAUCCUGGCUUUUCAACAGCCAGUAGAUUGGACAGUGAAGGGUUUUUCAAGGUCGCGCCUGGGUUGUGCUUCUACAUGAGCGAUCCAGCUGAAGCGUGUGCUGCUGUGAAGGAAAACCAGUGGCAGAGGGAAACCGAGGCGUUCGUGCAGGGCAUUAAAGCUAAAGGCAACCAAGGAGAUGGUUUUGACCUCAGUCCUGUUGAGUUAGAUCACAUGCUCCAUAAAAUUGAAAGGCAUUGCCUUGCAAUGGGCAAAGAUCAGGACUGUUUCACGGGACGUCUUAUUCUCAAGGAAAGCAAUGUGUCUUCGACUGACAAAUUCCUACAUGGAAUUGAGACAGUCUUUGGAAGCAUUGUUUACCACAAACUCAGAGGGGAUUGCAUGAGCGUCCGUGUGUUGCCAGAAGCUCAAUAUUUCCUGGAUUACAUUUUCCAUCACUUUCAGAAUGGAUCUGACAUCAUGACACUGGAAGAUUUGACACAUCUCAUGCUUGAGCUCGAUCUGGGAAUCUCCAGAAACGGCAACGGAGACCAUGAACAUCAGCUGAAGCAGAGUCGCUCUGAAGUUCAUCAAGGAAAUGGCAGCUUUGACUCGAUGUGUUUCUCAGCCAAAGAGAUAUUGGAAAUUUAUCAUGUUAAUAGCAGCUCUGAAAUCUCAGCCGCCCAAUUUACACAGCUAAGCCCAGCUCUCAUCCAGCAGUUGCUCAGCCAAGCAUGUACCCAGAUACCUGACCAUUCGAACGCCAAUGGAGACCUUAGCGUUAUUGAAAGGUACAUUUAUGCAUCUAUUGCAACUUUGGUGAUUUGUCUGUUUGCGCUUUUUGGGAUUGUGGUUCUGCUGUGCAGCUCCUGCAGUCAGGCCUACCAACACAUCAUCCAGUUCUGCAUCAGCCUGGCUGUAGGCUCUCUCACUGGGGACGCUAUACUGCAUCUCAUGCCUCAGAUUCUUGGUCUUCAUGUACACUCAGAUGGGGAGCACCAUGAUUCUGGAGACAGCACAAAUUACAUCUGGAAACUGGUUCUGCUCCUCGGGGGAAUCUACUUUUUCUUCCUGAUGGAAACUCUUUUCUCCAUCAUGAUCCAAGAAGAUACACAGCAGUCCGAGGGAUUGGAUACCCACCACUGUGAUCAUGGAACAGUUUUGCAAGUCUACCAUAAUGAAAGAAAGAGCCAUCAGUCCUCUUCACAAGCUGACUUGGUUAAACAAGAAAAGACAGAAAAAUCCAUUCUAGCCACAGAGUACAGCAGCAGAGAGAAUCGCUUACUCCCCUACAUGAUCACAAUUGGUGAUGGGAUCCACAACUUCGCUGAUGGCCUUGCAAUUGGAGCCGCUUUCUCUGUUUCGUGGAAAUCAGGGCUUGCCACCUCCCUGGCUGUGCUCUGCCAUGAAAUCCCUCAUGAGCUGGGUGACUUUGCUGUUCUCCUCCAUUGCGGAGUGUCUGUAAAGAGAGCUCUCCUGCUGAACUUGGGCAGUGCCCUGACAUCCUUCAUUGGACUCUACAUCGCCCUGUCAGUCGCCACCAACCCAUCAGCCAAGGACUGGAUUUCUGCAUUCACUGCUGGUCUCUUUCUUUAUGUGGCUCUUGCAGAUAUGCUGCCUACCAUGAUGCACGUGAAGAGUAGGAGCCCCUUGUUUGUUUUUUUCCUUCAUAAUCUGGGACUGAUGGUCGGAUGGGGAAUCUUGCUACUCCUCUCUUUCUAUGAGGAUAACAUUGGCUUUUAAAGACUCCAGCAAAACAGGGGACUUCUGGCACAUGUGACAGGCAAAGGGUAAACUGCAUAAAGGUUUAAAUGCAUUCUACAAAAUGUAGCGUCUACACCCACUUUUUAUAUUUUCAAAACAGCCCAGCAAUGUUGAUACCACCAAUGACCACAUUUAAAUGCACUUGUUUUUGCCUCCAAAUGAUACCUGUUUACAUGUAGCAUGAAUUAUUUUUACAGAGUCUUUCACUUACAAUCACGGAGCAUCACCCCCCAUGUGUUUUGUGCAUUCCCUUUAAUAUUUUCCGGUGAUGCGCUUCACUUUUUAACACCUUUCUCAACAUAGAAACAAAGAAAAUAUAUUUACUUGGAGUAAGUCAAAUAGGCUAAAGCUUCUUGGAGUUACUGAUCACGUCUUGGUCUUGCAGAAACCAGAAACAUUAUCUGUAAAUGUUAGGAAAAGGAAACUUCAAAAUAAAAAAUAAAAUAAAAUUAACAGCUGCAAUGUACAUGUAACGAUAUGUACUUUAUACAGAGUUUGAGAAAUGUUAUACAGUGUAAGUAUUGUUUUACAAGAUAAAACACUUUGGGGAAAAAAUGAGCAAAAUUACAUUUUUAAUGUUCCCUUUAAACCCCCUCAAGGAAUAAUGUGGCAUUAUUAUGCACACCAAAUGCUUGCCUGAAAGUUUUCUUUAGUAUCUUUAGUCCAAAGAACUGCAUAAUAAUCUUAUCGUGUCUCCCAGCUUUACCUGUAUUGCCAUGUUGUAGUGUAUUGGUUUAUAUGGGGGCAUCAGGAGAUAUGAGCUUAAAGUUCAUGUCAAAGACAUCUUUGUAAAGAUAAAAUCAAUGCAAUCAAAGGCAAAGGAAGAAAGCUAAGACAACAACAUUAUCACAGCAAUGCUAAGAUGAAACAAGACUCUCUCACAAAACCCUUUAGGGCAGGCUGGCUAGGAGUCCAGUUCUCAAGCUAUUAAAAAACUGAAUUGCUUCUUCUAGAGGAAGGGUCACACUUAGAGCUGUGACAUUUUAAAUCAAACAAGACCUGCACAAAAAGAAGGAGGUGAAAGCCGACAACACCCUUUAAUAAUCCAAAGUUCAAUGUUUGUUUCGGGAUUUCUUUUCAACGUCAUGCCACAUUAAAAU